ACUAAAAGCGUUCGUGGAUGGAAGGCAGCCUGCACGAACGCCGCCCGGACUCGAGGAUUUAAGUUGAGAGAAAGCGAAUGAAAAAAAAAUUAACAUAGAUGCGAUUUUUUUAAAUUAUUUUUUGAGAACGUGAGAAUGUUAGUCAAAGGAUUUGGAUUCCUGCUUAAGCCUACCAGACGUGUGAUCUGUUCGCCCAGCCUCGCUAUGCUCUCCUCGCAGUCCAGUUCUGAAAAUGCUGAACUCUCAGAGGGGGGGCGUGAGUUCAAGUGGCUAUGGCCUGCCUAUCGAGAGGUGGAGAUGUUCAAAGCAGGUCACGACAUCGGCUGCAAGCACACGGGCGGACGCUACAGAUACAACACCGUCAAGCCCCUGAAUCCUGGACACGUUGAACAGGCCCUGAGGCACUAUCAGAGGAAGAUCCCCAACUGCCGGGCCUUCUUCAAGGAACGUGACGGGAAGCUGUGGGUUUGUGAGGACCCGGAUCCUGAAAUUGACUUUGAGUACCUAGAGGGAGCCGAGAGCAACGCCGUCAUCAAGCAGCUAACGGGCGAGCCUUUUCUUGCCGACCGCCCGCCCACCUGGAAAGCGAGACUCAUCCCCGUGGCCGCCGACGCCCCCUGCCCCCUGCCCGAAAUAAAGGCAGCUUUCCCCUACCAGUAUGACCUCGUCAUGAUGCCCCAUCACGCUUUGAUUGACGGCUUCACCAUGUCUUAUAUUACUGGUAAACUUGUGGAACUGCUGAAUGACGUCAUAGCUGGACGACCCAUUGACGAUGAGCCCCUUGGGGUCUACCUGAGCAACGAAGAAAUUGUCAAGAUCGAUGAACAGAUCGCGAAGGACUUCGAAAAGGAACCCGAGAAAGUCGAAGCGAUGAAGCAGGAGCUCCUCGCGUGCGACACCCCGCCCCUCCUCUGCAAGGCCUUCCCGCCCCCCGGAGGGAAGCCAGCAACCGACUUCGUCUACCGGAACGUCGACCAGACGUCCCUGGCUUCCUUCACGGCGAAGUGCAAAGCCAAUGGUGUCACAUUUAACAGUGGAAUAGAAGCUGUGAUUAAUACCGCCAUGAUCGAGAUGGCGAGGGGGACGGGGGUGGAGGGGGAGUCUCACCACAUGAGCAUCAAUCUAGCGACGAAUCUGAGACGUUACAUGAAGCGCCACUCCCUCCCGAUCCUCGGCUUGCACGUGCGCCCCACUGUGCACAGGAUAGAGACGCCCUUCGACGUCCGGGACAACUUCUGGGACUACACCAAGAGGCUCGACCAGAGGCUCUCUGUUUUCCUGAAAUCUGGCGAAGCCAUUCAACAGAACGUGGUGAGGGAGAUGACCCUGCCGCAGCUCCCUGCGGUGGAACACCACGCAGCAGGGCCCAAAGCCCUGCGUGACUACGGCCUCACUAACAUCGGGGAUCUCACGGCCCUCAUUCCAGGCGUCGGGGAGCACCUCCAGCAGACGGACCUCGCCAUGUUUAGCUGCACGCACUACUCUGGCUUCCCGAUGCUUCACCAAAUGUACACCUUCAGAGGACAUUCGCCAUAUACACUCAGCUACGACACCUCCUACUUGGCUGAGGAUACUGCUGUUGAACUCAUGGACAGGAUUCUGGCACUUAUGCACGAACUUGGGGGGUCGCCAAAUUCUGACGGAAAAUAGGGUUAAGAUGGGUAAAUGACCAUUGCAAAAAUGUUAGACACGAGGUUAAAUUGCAUUACUUCAGGGCAUUCUUUCUGAUUCUGGUUUAUUUACCUCUAAUUAUCCUUCCAGAAUAUUGACUAUCAUCUGUAUUUACCGUUUUGUGAAAGUACAUGAUAUUGAUUUAUAUGACUUCGGUAUUACAAAAUAUCGAUAUAUUUUUUAACUGUCAUGUUCCGUUUACCAGCACGGUUUCAUGAAAUGAUAUAACACUAUUUGUAUGACCGGUAUUACAUAAUAUCGGUCUAUUGUUGACUAUAUACUGUAAUGUCCUGACUUUAUACACUGUUUAACAUAAAAAAUAGUUGUAGUUAAUAUAUGACAAUGGAUCAAUCGACGAUUCCUGAAUUACGUAGAUUUUAGAUACAUCCUCUUCUACAUGCGAACGAAAUUAUAUGACUUUUUGGUUAGUGUGAGCUUUAGUUUUUGUAACAUAUGACGAUGGGUUAAUAUAUGGUUAAUCUCUGAAUGAUAAAUACAAUGUUCAAUAUUAA